UUGCGAUCCCUUUGGUAUAGGGUUCCGGUGUUCUCGUCGCUGUACCGAAUCUGGAUACUGGAUACAUAUACUCGUUCAACGACAAAUUUCUGCCCAGCCAAGUGCAUAAAAAGUCAGUUAUUGAAGUUAUCCCUACUGUGGUCAGCUGGUACUAAACGCUCUGUGUGCCAACGAAGUUUUCACUGUUCAAAGUUUUACCGGUACAAAUUUAACUAAUUGUGCAAUUCAGUUUAAGUGUGGUAGGAGAAAAUUGGAAUACUGUGAUUCGAUUUUGUGGAAGUAGUCUUCAAAUACGGUCAGAAAAUGACCUUCGCAAAAAGCUUCGGUUUUCUUUUGGUGUUGACGAUAUCGUCGAAGCUUGCCAGGGCAGCGGAUGAUUCUGAUAUCAUUGAAAAAGGCUAUAGAACCGCCUUUCGUGUGUACGAGGAGUGCCAGCAGCAGGACAUCGGUCUCUCGCCAUGUUUGAAGAAGAAGGCGAUUUCUUUUCUCGAUAGAUUCGGGAGAAUUAACAGCAACAUACCGAUCAUCGAAAACGUUGAAUUGAUCAAGAACGAUCAUGUAGAUACACAGCGCUACUCUGAACAGGAUCUCGAAUCUCUAGGCAGAGCCGGAUCUUUCAGAGAAGAGACGUUGAACACAAUCCUGUUCAACAAGAUCACCUCUCUAAUGAACGGUUUUGAUCUACAAAUAAGUCUGCCAAAAAUGACGUCUACUGACCUCAAAAGAAGUAUCGAAGAAGGUCGUGGUAAAAUGAAGAAAAUGAUGGGCAUGAUGAUGAUGGGUAUGGGCAUGAAGAUGAUCGCUCUGGUACCACUGGGGAUGAUGGGCCUGUUCCUGCUGGCGGGAAAAGCUUUCAUCAUUGCUAAAAUAGCUCUGGUCCUCUCCCUCAUCAUUGCCUUGAAGAAGCUGCUCCAGCAGAAACAAGGAGGUGGAGGAGGAGACAUGCACCACGGUGGGGGUUGGCAGAGCAGCGGUGGCGGCGGCGGCGGAGGCUGGGAUAGGAGCAUGAGGAGUCUGGGUCUAGACGCCGUUGUACCUGUUCCCGAAGGCUUCAAGCAGACGGAUGAGAGUUUCGCUCACAGCUUAGCCUACAAAGGACAAAUCAACGAUUCCCGUUAAUUGUGAAAAAGGCGAAAAUUACAAGUAUAGAAGACAGUUUCUUCCUGAAAAAGAUAAACAUCCGGCAAUUCUGAUAUCGCGACAUAAUUUUCAACAAAACUAAAGAGAGAUUAGAUAGCUGAAGAGAUGAGUUUUUUUUAUUAUGAACGUUACUUAUAGAUCGUAGCAUCUCGUUAUACGAUUUAUAAUUAAUUACAUUUUUUCCAAUACAUUACUAUUUCGAAGAUUAUUCACUGCUACUUUCAGGCCUGUCGGGAAGAAUAGAAAUUAUGUAAGCAGAGGUUAGGUUGAAUUCAACACCUUCAUACACUUUGCAGAAUUGCGAUACUGCUAGUAUUGAAUUCGCUUUGCCCCUGGCUCACAAAGAUCUACUCCACACUUCCCUACAUUGCGUUCAUGUCACUAAUAUUUUAUUUGCGGGAUAGGCGAAGCAGAAAGUCAGAUUUAGGUUUUGUUGAAAAUAACGAAUUAUUUAUUACAGAGUGUAAGAAAUUUUAAUGUCAUCAGUGUCAUGAGAUGAAGUAGGUAAGAUCUUAAUUUAAUAUAAUAAAUACCUACCUGAUAUAAACUAUUUCAAAACUA